GGUUGCUGGCGGGUAGCGGGUUCCGCCGCUGAGAUUGUCCGACGUGGAGCCGCGGGGUGAGGCGCGCGGCCCCCGAGUCCCGACCCGUGUGCCGGGGAGAGGCUGACGGGAGGCAGUUCUGCUUCCGCAGCGGGGGUGCUGAGCGGAGACGAUUUAGAAACUCAUUUUCAAGUUUUCUCUGGAUUUGAGAAAUUACUGCUUCCUGGAACCAUCAAGAAGGAGAAUGUCUGUGACAUUGCAUACGGAUGUGGGAGAUAUCAAAAUAGAAGUCUUCUGUGAGAGGACGCCUAAAACAUGUGAGAAUUUCUUGGCUCUUUGUGCCAGUAAUUACUACAACGGCUGUGUGUUUCAUAGAAAUAUCAAGGGCUUCAUGGUUCAAACGGGAGAUCCAACAGGUACUGGAAGAGGAGGUAGCAGUAUCUGGGGCAAGAAGUUUGAGGAUGAAUACAGUGAAUACCUGAAGCACAACGUUAGAGGUGUGGUAUCUAUGGCUAAUAAUGGCCCAAAUACCAAUGGAUCUCAGUUCUUCAUCACCUAUGGCAAGCAGCCACAUCUGGACAUGAAGUAUACAGUAUUUGGAAAGGUUAUAGACGGUCUGGAGACCUUAGAUGAAUUGGAGAAGUUACCAGUAAAUGAGAAGACAUACAGGCCUCUUAAUGAUGUGCACAUUAAGGACAUAACUAUUCAUGCCAACCCAUUUGCUCAGUAGCUGUAAUAGACCUGGGCAGAUACUUGGCAAAUGCUUCACUGGACCACGCCCACCAUGGUUUGUCCAGUUCUGUGUCUGUCAGAGACUGGUCCUUCUGGUGUGUGCAGUAACGACGCGACGUCCAUCUGGGAGCCCCACAGCUUUCACCCGGCCGAGUGGCCAUUUUUAAAUGCUGAUCCUCAGAUGUAGGCAUUUUUUGAGCAGCCAAAUUACAUACUGUGACCAUGCUGGUCUGUAA